AUGAAUUUACAACUGAUUUUCUGGAUUGGACUUAUUGGUUCAGUUUGCUAUGUGUUUGGCCAAGCAGAUGAAAAUAGAUGUUUAAAAGCAAAUGCCAAAUCAUGUGGAGAAUGUAUACAAGCAGGGCCAAAUUGUGGAUGGUGUACAAAUUCAACAUUUUUACAAGAAGGAAUGCCUACUUCUGCACGAUGUGAUGAUUUAGAAGCCUUAAAAAAGAAGGGUUGUCAUCCAGAUGAUAUAGAAAAUCCCAGAGGUUCCAAAGAUAUAAAGAAAAAUAAAAAUGUAACCAACCGUAGCAAAGGAACUGCAGAGAAGCUCAAACCAGAAGAUAUAACACAGAUCCAACCACAGCAGUUGGUUUUGCAAUUACGAUCAGGGGAGCCUCAAACAUUUUCAUUAAAAUUCAAGAGAGCUGAAGACUAUCCCAUUGAUCUCUACUACCUAAUGGACCUUUCUUACUCUAUGAAAGAUGACUUGGAGAAUGUAAAAAGUCUUGGAACAGAUCUGAUGAAUGAAAUGAAGAGGAUUACUUCGGACUUUCGAAUAGGGUUUGGCUCAUUUGUGGAGAAAACUGUGAUGCCUUACAUUAGUACAACACCAGCAAAGCUCAAGAACCCUUGCACGAGUGAACAGAACUGCACCAGCCCAUUUAGCUACAAAAAUGUGCUCAGUCUUACUGAUAAAGGGGGAGUAUUUAAUGAUCUUGUUGGUAAACAGCGCAUAUCUGGAAAUUUGGAUUCUCCAGAAGGUGGUUUUGAUGCAAUCAUGCAAGUUGCAGUUUGUGGGUCAUUGAUUGGCUGGAGAAAUGUUACACGGCUGCUGGUAUUUUCUACGGAUGCUGGGUUUCACUUUGCUGGCGAUGGGAAACUUGGUGGCAUUGUUUUACCAAAUGAUGGACAGUGUCACCUGGAAAAUGAUAUGUACACAAUGAGCCAUUAUUAUGAUUAUCCUUCCAUUGCUCACCUUGUCCAGAAAUUAAGUGAAAAUAACAUUCAGACGAUUUUUGCAGUUACUGAAGAAUUUCAGCCUGUUUACAAGGAACUGAAAAAUUUGAUUCCUAAGUCAGCAGUAGGAACAUUAUCUGCAAAUUCCAGCAAUGUAAUUCAGUUGAUCAUUGAUGCAUACAAUUCCCUUUCCUCAGAAGUAAUUUUGGAAAACAGCAAAUUGCCAGAAGGAGUAACAAUAAGUUAUAAAUCUUACUGCAAAAAUGGGGUGAAUGGAACAGGGGAAAAUGGAAGAAAAUGCUCCAAUAUUUCCAUUGGAGAUGAGGUUCAAUUUGAAAUUAGUAUAACUUCAAAUAAAUGUCCAAAUAAGAAUUCUGAAACCAUUAAAAUUAAACCUCUGGGAUUCACUGAAGAAGUAGAGAUUAUUCUUCAGUUCAUCUGUGAGUGUGACUGCCAAAGUGAAGGCAUUCCUAGCAGUCCAAAGUGUCACGAAGGGAAUGGAACAUUUGAGUGUGGAGCUUGCAGGUGCAAUGAGGGACGUGUUGGCAGACAUUGUGAAUGUAGCACAGAUGAAGUUAACAGUGAAGAUAUGGAUGCCUAUUGCAGGAAAGAAAACAGUUCAGAAAUCUGUAGUAACAAUGGAGAGUGUGUCUGUGGACAGUGUGUUUGUAGAAAGAGGGAUAAUACAAACGAAAUUUAUUCUGGCAAAUUCUGCGAGUGUGAUAAUUUCAACUGUGAUAGAUCCAAUGGCUUAAUUUGUGGAGGAAAUGGUGUUUGCAAGUGUCGUGUGUGUGAAUGCAAUCCUAACUACACGGGCAGUGCAUGUGACUGCUCUCUGGACACAACUUCAUGCAUGGCCACAAACGGACAGAUCUGCAAUGGCCGGGGCGUGUGUGAGUGCGGUGCCUGUAAAUGCACAGACCCCAAGUUUCAAGGCCCAACUUGUGAGAUGUGUCAGACCUGCCUUGGUGUCUGUGCUGAGCAUAAAGAAUGUGUUCAGUGCAGAGCCUUCAAUAAAGGAGAAAAGAAAGACACAUGUGCACAGGAAUGUUCCCAUUUUAACAUUACCAAGGUUGAAAGUCGGGACAAAUUGCCCCAGCCAGGCCAGGUGGAUCCCCUGUCCCACUGUAAGGAGAAGGAUGUUGACGAUUGCUGGUUCUAUUUCACAUAUUCAGUGAAUGGGAACAAUGAGGCCAUUGUACAUGUUGUAGAGACUCCAGAGUGUCCCACUGGUCCAGACAUCAUCCCAAUUGUAGCUGGUGUGGUUGCUGGAAUUGUUCUGAUUGGUCUUGCAUUGCUGCUGAUUUGGAAACUUUUAAUGAUAAUUCACGACAGAAGGGAAUUUGCCAAAUUUGAAAAGGAAAAGAUGAAUGCCAAAUGGGACACGGGUGAAAAUCCUAUUUAUAAGAGUGCCGUGACAACUGUUGUCAAUCCGAAGUAUGAGGGAAAAUGA